GGGGGCCGUUCAACAAGGCGUAACUUUGUUUCGACUGUGCUGAAAUUGCCGGACACAGCCAGUGAAAGUUUAGGGGAUGUACAACAGAUGAGAGAAGAAAAGAUUCAGAUUGCACUUCGAAGAAGUUUGCAACUGUGAGAUUCACACUCGCGUCAAAAGCCAUAAUAACCUUUGAGCCUCUAUCAAUAUGCUGUUCCUCUGGUCUGUGUCAGUUGUACUGUUGUGUGCAUGGGAAUUGAGCCACGCACAGUAUGAGCACUUGGGUUACCCUGCGGGCUACCCGGAGCCUGCGCAGGAGCUUUACACAGCUCCAGAGAUUCCUGCAGACAUACCCAGGAUACAGCUACGUCUGGCAGGGGAGAAACGCAAGCACAAUGAAGGACGGGUUGAGGUCUUCUAUAAUGGCGAGUGGGGAACUGUGUGCGAUGAUGAUUUUAACAUUCAUGCUGCACAAGUGGUGUGCAAAGAACUGGGUUAUUUGGAAGCAGUUUCCUGGUCACCUUCGUCUAAAUUUGGAAAAGGAGAGGGCCGCAUCUGGUUUGACAACGUCCACUGCACAGGGAAGGAGAAGACCUUGGCUCAGUGUGAAUCCAAUGGCAUAGGCGUGUCGGACUGCAAGCAUUCGGAGGAUGUUGGGGUGGUUUGCAGUGACAAGAGAAUCCCAGGAUUCAAGUUUGUCAACACCCUUACUAACAACAUCAAUAGCCUGAACAUUCAGGUGGAGGAUGUUCGCAUUCGUCCCAUCCUGUCAACCUAUCGUAAGCGUGUCCCAGUGACAGAGGGCUACGUGGAGGUAAAGGAUGGAGGCAAGUGGAAGCAGAUCUGCGAUGAUGAGUGGAGUCAAAUGAACAGCAGGGUCAUCUGCGGCAUGUUCGGCUUUCCCGGGGAAAAGAAAUACAAUGCUCGCGUGUACAAAAUGUUUGCCCGGAGGAGAAAGCCAUCGUACUGGGAUUAUUCUAUAAAUUGCACCGGCAAUGAAGCUCAUUUGUCUAGCUGUAAGCUGGGCCACGCUCUCUCCACCAAAGCCAAUAGCACAUGUGAGGAGGGCACUCCUGUGGUGGUCAGCUGUGUCCCUGGAAGGGCUUUCGCUCCUACUCCCAUGGCAGGCUACAGGAAGGCCUUCAGACAGGAGCAACCCCUGGUGCGUCUCAGAGGUGGUGCUGUUGUUGGAGAGGGACGUGUGGAGGUGCUAAAGAACGGAGAAUGGGGGACGAUCUGCGAUGAUAACUGGAACCUCAUAUCAGCUACUGUGGUGUGUCGUGAACUUGGUUUUGGGAGUGCCAAGGAGGCGCUUUCCGGAGGUCAGCUUGGACAAGGAAUGAGCCCUGUACAUAUGAACGAGGUUCAGUGUUCUGGCUUUGAGAAGUCCGUCACGGAAUGUCCCUUCAAUAUGGAAAAAGACUCUGAAGGCUGCAGUCAUGAAGAGGAUGCAGGUGUGAGGUGCAACGUUCCUGCCAUGGGCUUCCAGCAAAGACUGCGAUUGAGUGGUGGUCGUAAUCCUUUUGAAGGCCGCGUUGAGGUUCUAAUGGAGCGGAACGGUUCUUUGGUUUGGGGAACUGUGUGCGGUGAGGGCUGGGGCACCAUGGAGGCCAUGGUCGUUUGCAGACAACUGGGCCUGGGCUUCGCAAGCAAUGCUUUCCAGGAGACGUGGUACUGGCCCGGUGCAGUGGAUGCAGAGGCUGUGGUUAUGAGUGGGGUGAGGUGUGCUGGAACAGAGAUGUCUCUCUCUCACUGUCUGCAUCAUGGUGAAUAUCUCAGCUGCCCUAAAGGUGGAGGACGCUUUUCUGCUGGAGUUUCCUGCUCUGAAACUGCCCCAGAUUUGGUGCUGAACCCUCAGGUGGUGGAACAGACCACGUAUUUAGAGGAUCGUCCUAUGUUCAUGUUGCAGUGCGCCUAUGAGGAGAACUGCCUGAGUACCACCUCCAGUUCCACUCCAGCUAACUCCCAUCGCCGACUCCUCCGGUUCUCCUCCCAGAUCCACAACAACGGACAGUCCGACUUCAGACCCAAAGCCUCCAGAGAAACCUGGGUUUGGCAUGACUGCCACAGACAUUAUCAUAGUAUGGAGGUGUUCACCCACUAUGACCUAUUUAGUCUAAAUGGAAGCAAGGUUGCAGAAGGGCACAAAGCAAGCUUCUGUCUGGAGGAUUCUGAAUGUGAUGAAGGAAUUGAGAAGAGGUACGAGUGUGCAAACUUUGGUGAGCAGGGCAUCACAGUGGGCUGCUGGGAUACAUACAGACAUGAUAUUGACUGCCAGUGGGUGGACAUAACAGAUGUUAAACCAGGAGACUACAUGUUCCAGAUUGUAAUUAACCCCAAUUAUGAGGUUGCUGAGUCGGAUUACACCAAUAACGUUGUCAAAUGCAGAUGUCGAUAUGAUGGCCACCGUAUAUGGAUGUAUAAUUGCCAUAUAGGUGGUUCCUUUAGUGCCGAGACAGAAGACACAUUCCCUGGCUUGCUCAACAACCAGGUGACCCACAGGUAAAACAGAGGUGCUAAAAAAAAUCCAGAAAAUCCGGCCAACCAGUGAACUCCUCAAGAGGCAUGAACCACUAUACCUCUCUAGAGGACCUUUCAUCUGUAGGCAGUCAUUUCAUGGUACUCCUUCAUCUACGCUCAGUGCCACCACAUAUCCAGUGCUGUACUAUCUAUCUGAACAUCUGACUUUCAAUCUCGAACUAAGAUGCGAGAGAGGAACUCUGAAGACAGAUAAACUGACUAUAAAGGUGCUUUCCUGGUCACCAUUGAGCCAGUACCAUUUCUGAAACCUCUUUAAGUAUCAGUUAGCUGCUGGUUGUGAAGAUGAAACUCUCCCGUAAACUCACUUUAGACAUGAAAGGAACUCUGGUGAACUUUGUUUAACUUGACAGGACUUGUGGUUUAGGUCAUUUUCUAAGCAUUUUUAAAGAUAAGAGGGCUGCUCCUUAAAAUAUUACAUGAAAGAAAUCAGAAAAAUAAAAGCUUGAAGCAACCAUUUCUUUUCUUUUUUUUUUUAGUGUCUCAUGCAUUUUAGCCAUAUGCUUUACCAUUUUAAAUACCAGAUUGAUGUUUUUUUUUUUUGCUUAUAUUAUUGGUUAUUAUUUAAGUGCUUUAUGGUUUUGUAGCAGCAUUAGUCAGUCCAUCUGAUCCUUGAUUGUUUGUGAAUCCUUACUAUUUAGUCAUGCAAAUAUAAUAACUUAUUUCAAGACAGGGAUUACAAAUGCUUUUUCAUAAUGCUUUGUCUUUGUUUUGUCAAUGUAGAAUGUCUUUUGUUGUUCUGUCAGUGGUGCUAACAUAUGUUUUCCUCUGUUUUCUGAGGAAACGUAUCACUUCGUUUUAUAUGCAUACUUGAAUCAAUGUAAAAAUCGUGGAUGUAUGCGAUGUAGCAAAAUAAACAUUUCUAUUAUUUGGCAAAGAGGAACAACAACUGAUAUUUCAAAUACACUUACAACUGACUAAUUCUCCUAAAUGUGUUACAGAAGUUUGUGAAGAUGCCGUUCCUCUACAAGCAAUGUGAAAAAACUUUUUGAUGCUAUAUGCAAUUCAACCACUAGAGCGCACUGUAGCAUCAAGAUAUAAAGAUGG